ACCAGGGUUUUGAACUCAGCAGAACCAAAUCAAAAAACCCUACACUUAUCUCAUUACUCCGAUCACGAAAAUGGCUUCCACCGCCGCCAGAUCAAUUUUCCGAUCAUCUUCUGCAACCAGGUCAGCCUUCCGUGUCGCCUCCGAAGCAAAACCAGCUCGUUCUCCGUUCCGCAUGGCAUCCAAUAAACCUGUCUCGCCAUCACAAUCCAUGUUCAGGUCACCUGUUGAAUUGAGUUUUUGUGUUGAAUCGAUGCUGCCCUAUCAUACGGUUACUGCUUCUGCUCUCAUGACUUCAAUGCUUUCUCUUUCAAGCCGCAACUACGCUUGGCUUUCAGAAGGUAGCUAAGCGUCUCUAGGAUUCCUUGAUGUUGUUUCUACAAUGAAUUUUUCGGUGUAAGGAGUUCACCGUGCGCUCUCAGCUGACUAGAUUCGUUUUCUUUUUUAAGGUGGCUGACUAGAUUCAGAUAGUGACAUUCUGUAGGAGAACUUCUGCUGAGUAGAGCACAUUUUAUUAGCAUGGAAACUUGUUUAUCUUAGGACUGUUGUCUGUUUGUAUAUUAGGCAGUCUAUAAUGUGUUCUCUAUUACUUUUCUACUUUCAGCAGGAGAUGAGUCAUGAUGUGAUAACUACAGAAUCCAAUAAAGAUUAAGCUCAAUAUUUACAUGGUGGUUACCAAAGUUGUACUUUUUUCUUGCAGUUCAUGUAAUUUGAGACUUGCAUGCUUGGACUAUUAAAAAUGUAGGAUUAUCAAUUGAAGUUCUGAUUCAAUGUUUUGCUUGUA